AUGAAUCUUACACCCAAGCGCAAGUGGUACCUAGCAUUUGUGAUUGCAGUCAGUGCUGGAGGAGUACGUUUAGUGGAUGGCCCAUACAACUGCUCUGGCAGGGUGGAGGUGUACUAUGCAGGCCAGUGGGGUACAGUGUGUGAUGACAACUGGGACCUGCUGGAUGCCAAGGUAGUGUGUAGAGCACUGGGCUGUGGGGCAGCCCAGAAGGCCCUGGACCAGGCCCACUUUGGCUGGGGUAAGGGGGAAAUCUGGCUAGAUGAUGUGGAAUGUUCUGGGAAUGAAGAGUCACUGCUUAGCUGCAGCUCAGAUGGACUGGGGUCACACAACUGUGGACACUUUGAGGAUGCAGGAGUGAUAUGUGAGGGUCAGUCAGUGGUCCCAGAUGAUGGCCCGUUGAUCCGGCUGGUGGAUGGUCCUGAUCAGUGUUCAGGGAGGGUGGAAGUGUAUUAUGCGGGGCAGUGGGGUACGGUGUGUGAUGAUGACUGGGACGUGAGCGACGCUGACGUGGUCUGCAGACAGCUCAGCUGUGGGUGGGCUAUGGAUGCCCCCGGACAGGCCUGGUUUGGUAUGGGAGUUGGCAUUCCCAUUCUGCUGGACAACAUAGCCUGUGUUGGCACAGAAGGCACUCUCUUUGACUGCCCUUCUGAGGCGAUAGGUCAUCAUAACUGCAUGCAUCCUGAGGAUGCGAGUGUGGUCUGCUCAGGUUCACACCAGACUGGACCUUCAAUUCGCUUGGCCGGUGGCUCCAACAACUGCUCUGGUAGAGUAGAGGUGUUCCACUCUGGCCAGUGGGGUACAGUGUGUGAUGAUGACUGGGAUCUGAGGGAUGCCCAGGUGGUGUGUCAAGCACUGAGCUGUGGGAUGGACCAGGAAGCCCCAGGUAGAGCCUGUUUUGGUCAGGGCUCAGGACCCAUCACUCUGGAUGAUGUGUCGUGUGAGGGCACAGAGAGAUCAUUACAAGACUGCAGCGGAAGUGAACCAGGGGUACACAACUGUGACCAUAAUGAGGAUGCAGGAGUCAUCUGUGCAGAUGGCAUCUUUGAAGUGCGUAUAGUCAACGACCCCAACAACUGCUCUGGUAGAGUGAAGGUGUUCCACUCUGGCAAAUGGGAUGGCACUUCCAGAGUGCGUCUGGUCAACGGCACCAACAACUGCUCUGGUAGAGUGGAGGUGUUCCACUUUGGCCAGUGGGGUACAGUGUGUGAUGAUUGGUGGGAUCUGAGGGAUGCCCAGGUGGUGUGCAGAGAGUUGGGCUGUGGAGAAGCUCAAGAGGCCUCUAGAUCUGCAGAGUUUGGAGAAGGAAGUGGCUCCAUCUCUCUGGAUGACCUGGCUUGUUCUGGCUCUGAAGACUCUUUGCUGCAGUGUCCCCACAGUGGACUGGGGAACCAUAACUGUGUCCACUAUGAAGAUGCAGGAGUUACCUGCACUGCUGAGCUUUCACAGGUGUGCCCCAUCAGCACUGAUGACCCUCCCAGCUCCGCCCACCUCUCCUACUCCGCCCACCCAUCUCCUGCAGGAAGUAAGCGCAUCAAAACCCAGUAG